UGCAGCCAUUUCUAUGAUCACGUUGCACACACUUCCGUAGGUCGUAGCUUUGUCCAAACUUUUUAUCUAGUCAAAAGAAGAUGGCGGCAAUAUUAAGACAUUCUGUAUGCAGAUUCGGCGAAAUUGUAACUCCAGCAACUGCUGUCCUGAGGAAAUAUGCAACUAAAGCCGAGAAAAAGAAAGGAAUCGAUAGGAAACCAACCCCAACUAUUAAUUCGACGGCCAAAUCCUUAGCUGCUAAAGGAUUUUUGAGGCCGCAGAAAGACUAUACUCCUCCAAAAGAUGUAGACGCGAGUUUGAAUGAAAUAUUCAAAACAGUUUUGGGCGAAAAUGUAGAGAUUAGCAGUAUUUCCCAAAAGACUGAUGUUUUGAAGGCCUGUUACUCAAAGUUCCAACAUUGUGUACCGAAUUCUUUACUGAGGACAGUUCAAACAUUGGAUGAUAUCAGAGAGUUCUACAGGACACCAGUAGAUACCUCUACACCUUAUGAUAAAUUGAAAAAUAUGGAACUACCAGAAAACUUACAUAUUCAAAAUGAUUAUGUCAGAUUCCAUCCAGAAACUGAUACAAAAUACAACGGUCAGACUGCUUACAAUGGAAGGUCAACCAUAGUAACAGGGUUAAAAUAUAAAGACAAAUAUGCUGGACAUAUUCAAAAGCCCAAUUGGCAAUUCAAUAGAUAGUUGAAUGUAUUUUUUAAGAUAUUAUUGAAAAAAAUAAAAUAAGCGUUUAA